UCUGUCAUUGCCUGUCAUAAACACUUCGCCAAUUUACCAGUGUUAUUUACAGAGUUAAAUUAUUUAAAAGCUGAAGUCAAAAUAAUAGUGUAAUAGUAAUAAUGCGAAAUGCAAAUUUUGUCGAACUAUACCAUUAUGAUUUGGAAAGUAUGGAGCGGCCGCUCCUGCUCGCGCUUCGGCUGGGCACACUGGUGAUGCUGGUGUCCCUGCUGACCAUGCACAUCCGGUCGCUGCGCGUGUUCCGUUGGGAGCAGUCGGUAAGCGGCGGCGUGCUUGUCACCUUCUGUCUCGCCAGCCUCGGCCUGGCGCUGUGUGCUGGAAAUGAAAACUGCGGAGGCAGGGCUUUGCAGGCAUAUCUAUGCGGCGCCGGUGCAGCACUGCUAUCGGUCAACGCGGCUGCCAUCUGGAACCGUUGGCGGCACUCCGGCGAGCUUACACAUGUGGUGGCGGAGUUGCUGGUCGCUCUGGGAGUGCCUCUCAAGCGGCACGUCAUCGUCAAAGUGACGUUGAGCGCGGCUGCUGCAGUCGCGUUCCUUAUUGAUCUGGCCUUAGCGCCGAUUCUGAGCCAUCAUAUUGGACAGGGUAAAUUAUAAUUAAUCAAACGAGUGUUAAUUGGCAAGCAUAAAACUUGUUGCAGGUGGCAGCGGUUAGCAGUAUUUCAGUCCCACUUGCAGUUUGAUAGAGGUUAUAUUAUGGCACAUAAAUCCAAUCUCGGAAAA